AAUGCCGCAAACUAUUUCCUACGGUGCCUUGCCAGCUUAACGCGUCCAAAAACUUGCAACAAAGAGAUCGCACGGGGCAAAGCCUGCAGCGAUCAGUCACCAGCAACAGUCCUUCCUCCCCAGCAGGCCCGGCUCAUCACUUCCACAUUCUUUCGCAGGCUUCUGGCCGACUCGCUGUGCCUUGUUCAGCGCACUAGCCCCAGCACAACAUGUCACCACCGUUGAACGAAUCUACCAACAGUCUCGCUGGGAGUCACUUAUUCGGAAGCAGUGAAGGGCUUACUGGACGGGAUCUCGAGAAUGGAGGCAUAUGGGCGUCCAUCCUAAAGAGCGUAUCAUCUUCAAAGACCGUCCAGUCAAAGAAUGUCCUGGUCAUUGGGGCUCCACAAUCGGGGAAGACAACCCUUAUCAACAGCAUUCGUCAGCAAACAGUGGCCACUCAGGAAGUGGACGAGGAAGACACAGGGUUAGCGCUGUCCUACUCAUACACGGAGGUCGCGGACGAAGAGCAUGAAGACAUUGUCGCCAGGAUAGGCUUCUACCAUUUAGCGAGUGAGACGGCGUUUGGAAACCUCUUCCGUUUUGCAUUGAAAGCGGACACAUUAGCGGAUAGUUUGGUUAUUCUGGUUCUUGAUUGGGCUCGGCCAUGGACGUUUCUCAAAACAUUGGAAGAUUGGCUUAGCAUUCUGGAGAAGCACAUUGCCACAUUGGAAGAGCGGAAUCCCGAACUGCUCGAGGAGCUGAAAGACCGAGGUCAGGCCUAUGUACGCAAUUACGCUGAGCCGCUAGAUCAAACGACUCUAUCGGGCAAAGAGGGAGUGGAAGGAAAGCAUGCGGGAGGCGUUGGUCCUCAGCACUCGGUAGCAUUGCCAUUAGGUUCCGGAACAUUGACUAAGAAUCUCGGCAUACCCAUUGUUGUAGUAGCUGCCAAGUCGGAUGCCACCUUUUUGCUGGAACGGGAGCGGGAUUACAAGGAGGAGCAGUUCGAUUUUAUACAACAAAGCCUGCGAACCAUCUGUUUGAAAUACGGAGCCGCCCUUUUUUACACAUCCACCCAUCGACAGCAAACACUUGAAGAUCUCCGAACGUAUGUUAUCCAUCGACUGCUCGGACCGCCGAGCACAGCAGGGGCACCAGUAUCUGCACAAUCUGCCGCAAAUCCUUUCGUCUCCAGUCUGCGGGCACAGGUUGUCGAUCGGGAUACUGUAUUUGUUCCCAGCGGGUGGGACAGUUGGGGGAAGAUCAAGGUCCUAAGGGACGGGUUCAAUUGUAGUGCCAUGGCUGGGGAAGCAAAUAACGACGGAGAUGUUAAGGACGGAGGCUUGUCCAGUGCCCGCGCCUUGUAUGAGAGCGUAAUAGUCAACCCGUUCACGGAAGCGGCUUUCUCCGUGGAACCCAUAGUAACUGCAGAGAGUGAGCAAUCAUUCUUGGAAAGACAACUGGAACUUUUGCAAAAUGCGGCUCGAUCGCCACAGUCGCCACAUGUAAGCCCUGCAUCGCCUGCAGGCGGGGACCCAAGCGCGGCUUUGAAAGCUCGGCUUGGUGGAGCGCAAGUGACUUCGUCCGCUAAUUCUCUAGAAGAUGUCGCGUCCAAGGUGGCCAAGUUGACAAAAGCCAAGGAACAAAGUGCACUAGCCGCAUCGCGUGACAAAAUAAAAUCUCCCACUGGUGACAUUCCAUUGCCAGCAAGUCUUAUAUCUUCAACCGCGGUAUCGCGGGCAGCUGGUGCUCUUGGGGCUGGAAGUGGACCACCCGCAAGUCAAAACGAGGUGCUCGCCAAUUUCUUCCAAUCUUUACUGGCCAAAAAGACCACCGUUCCUGCUGCACCUGCGGUCGGCACGUCCUCCCCCGCCAGCGUUCCAAGCCGAACUUCACCGGCAGGGUCCGUUGAGAAUGCGGGGGCUGCUGCGGCCGACAAAUCAAAAAGUGCUCCUUCGUCAGGAGACACCGGUAAAUGAUAAUCUACUGUCUUUCGUGGGCUUCUUCAUUUUACAGUGCCAGAGAUGAAGGUAACUAUAUAUUCAUAUGUAAUUGUAAACUAUUGUACAAAAUGUGACUGGUAUUAUAUCAACGAGCGACCUGCAUAUCGCAUGAUUUGAG